GCGAUUCAGGUUUUCCUAUUUUAAUUAAAUUUGCAAUAUUUGAGGAAUCAUUGAAUUUACUAAGUUGGAUUUGAGUGAUUUGAAGUUGUAAAUUUUAGCGGGGAUAGGUAGAUACCUGUGGCGGAAAUAAUUGGAGUUAGAGAAAUCAUCUACUAGCCAAAUUUGGUAGCGAAAUUGAUUAAACCAAUCGGCAAUCGGCAAUCGGCAAUCGGCAAUGAGCCGACGUGAACCGGGCAGAUGUGGUCGUCAUCAUCAUCAUUAUAUAAAACGCGACUUCAAAUUUCAAAAGCUUCUGAACGGGCAGCCGUCGCGCGGAGGUGGCCCUACGCCGCUCUCAACAGGCGCCAACUUUAAUCCUUUCCAAAACCCUUAUUUACAACAUCACAAUCCUAACGUUCAGUUCCAGGCUCAGCUUUCGAGGAUCGAUAAGGCAGUGCUGAAGGCUCACCGCGAAAUUCUCGCAACUGGAGAGGUUGUGUCAGCAUGGAAAGCGUCGCAAGCAGCUCUGCUAAUACUUCAGGCUGACACCUGGGACUCUUUGGGUUUCCAAAUGCAGCAAGUGCCCUCUCUUCACCGCCUUAUGCUCACCGAAGGAAAGAUUAAUGCCUUCAUUCACUGCUUUGUUGGCGCUCGAAGAAUUACAACAUUGCAUGAUUUGGAAAUUGCAAUAUGCAAUACAGAGGGGGUUGAUCGGUUUGAAGAUCUGGAAUUGGGGCCUUUGGUGAAACACCCAUUAAUUAUACAUUAUUUUUCUCUCUGUGCUGAUGCCACAGAAGUGUGCAGAAUAACAAGUGAAGAGAUAGUGCCAUUGCUUUCUGAGUUCAUGGAUAUCAAUAAACAAAGAUAUGUAGAAAUUGAGGAGCUUUUGGAUUUUAUUGCAAAGAAGAAAUCUGUAACAGCCAAGGAAAAGCUUGGUGUGCGAAUUCAGAGCUUGGGGAUGCAUAUCACAUUAAUCCGACAAGCAUGGAGGUUAGAAAUCACCUCCGUUACUGAAGAAAUUACACGGUUGGGAUUUAGUAAGAGUAGUAAACAAUCCAAAAGAAAGAGAAAGUAUAGUAAUAUUCAGAGUCCUGUUACUUCACCUCAAAAAGUGUGCAAAACAAAAAGGAUCCAAACACCAUUCAGUAGGAAAGAGCAGACAGAAAGUUCUGGCAAAAAGAAUAAAAUGCUAGUGAAGCUUACUAGCUCAUAUAGCAGUGAUUCAAUGAAGAUGUUCAUUACCACUUGGAAGGAGACAUGUCAAGCAAACAAUGUGGAUGAGGUGUUUGAGAAGAUGAUGCAAUUUUAUAAUACAAGGAAGAGAACAACAGCAAGAAAAUUGUUUUACUUAGACCCAUUUGUUGGCUUGCUUCAUAUUGCUGUAACAUCUAUUAAAAAUGGAAUGUGGGAUAGCAUCUAUGAUACCUUCCAAAGUUUCAGCCAACUUGAUGUAGCAACCACAGUUUCUGAGAAUUGUUCUGGUUUUAUAUCCAUUGAUGUUGAAUCACCUAGAAGGAAAGUAUCCAGUCUUCCUCCAAAACUUUUGGCAGCUGAACAUGGUGUCUCAGUUGAGGACAUUGUGGGCAAAAUUUCUGCAUAUCUAGAGAUUGACAAUGACAUGUUUAACUCCACUAGUUCAUGUACAGAUAAGUUCAUUAUCCUGAGGAAACUCUGUAAGCUUGAAUCUUGGCUGUCGGAGCAGGUUUCUACUAAGGGAUUUGAGUCGCUUGGUUAUGGGGAUAUAUGGUCAUUCAUGGAAAAACACAUGCAUCUUUCUGUACAUGCUUUGCUAAAGAGCUUGAGAGGUGAUACUUCUGAGAAUAUUCCUUUGAAGGCCUCAAUGCUUGAGCUUCAGUUGGAUGUUUUACUAUCACAGGCUUUGCACCGGUUAUUGGACAAUGAAAAGUUAAACAUGAAAAAGGUUUCAGAGUUGCUAGCUAGACAAUUUCCUUUAGUAUGUUUUCAGUUGGUACAGAGUGAUUCAUUGGUAGUGUUUGAUGAUAUUACAAAGGAGAAAGCUGAUAUGAGCUCGAAGUGUGUAAUAUUUUCUGAAACUUUGUUGAAAACUGAUGCAUUGAGUAAAAGUGGGAGAAAUAUCUCAGAAACAUCUGGCUUGGAAAUUAAUAUAGGAGGUGAAGCUGGUUUUCAUAGUAUGUUAACAUCCAAAGAUGCUAUUAAAGUUUUGCUCAAUGCUCCAAUGCUGACAGAUCUAAGCUUGUGGUCACACUGGGACAUUGUAUUUGCUCCUUCGCUUGGUUCUCUUGUUGGUUGGUUGUUGAAAGAUGUUAAUAACAAACAGUUGUUAUGUUUGGUGACAAGAGGUGGAAAAGUAAUUCGGGUAGAUCAUGCAGCAACCACUGAUUCAUUCUUAGAAGUUAUUCUGCAAAGAUCUCCUUUUGAAACAGCAGUGAAGCUGUUAUCUUUGUUAGCUUUAUAUGGGGGUGAACAAAAAAUUCCUUUGGCCCUCCUAAAAUGCUACACUCGCAAGGCAUUUGAAGUUUUCUCAAAAAAUUCUUUGGAGAUGGAUUCAAUUGAUAAUCAGAGUAUGCCAAUUGGUUCAAAUACUGGCUCACUGAGAAGUGAGACCAAAGUUGGAAGAGCCAAGUCUGUUGCAUCAAGAUUUAUACUUGAUUGUCUGGACUAUCUACCUGUUGAGUGCUGCUCUUUUGCUGUUGAUAUUUUGCUCUCUGGUUUGCAGCAGUUUACGAAAGAUGCUCCUUCAGCUGUGCUGGAUGAAUGCAAAAAGAUUAAACAGCGUGUCAUGCUUCAUGAAAUAGGGUUUUCACUCGGUAUUGUGGAAUGGAUUAAUGAUUACCACACAUUUUCUGCUUCAUCAUCAGUGACUAGCUUAUCAAUGUAUUCUGAAUCUUCAUGCCUACAAGACAACAAGCCUGAGCUAAACACCAACUCAAAUCUAUUGCAAGUAGUAUCAAAGAAAAGUCCCUUUUCUGAAGUUAAAAAUGAUUUCUCCUUUGAGACAAUGCUGCAUGAUGGAGAUCAUAGAGAAAUGAGUCACAUUAAUAAUACUUCUGCUGUUUCUGUUGAUUUUUUGGGUGGAGGUCCCCCACAUCACUUGUAUGACCUUGACCUUGCUCCAGCCCAGUUUAUUGAAUCUAUCAGGCAGGAAGAAUUUGGUUUGAAUCCAGAUAUUUCAUCUGUUGAAAGUGAAUUAUUGAAUAAGCAACAUGCCCGGUUAGGCAGAGCACUCCACUGUCUCUCACAGGAGUUGUAUUCUCAGGAUUCACAUUUCCUUCUGGAACUGGUUCAGAAUGCUGAUGACAACGUCUACCCUGGGAAUGCUGAACCCACAUUGACAUUCAUUCUUCAGGAUAGUGGCAUUGUAGUGCUAAACAAUGAGCAAGGAUUUUCUGCCAAAAACAUCAAUGCACUUUGUGAUGUUGGGAAUUCCACAAAGAAAGGACAUAAUUCUGGAUAUAUUGGGAAGAAAGGCAUUGGUUUCAAAUCAGUGUUUCGGGUCACUGAUGCUCCAGAAAUUCAUUCCAAUGGUUUUCAUAUUAAGUUUGAUAUAACUAAGGGACAAAUAGGUUUUAUUUUGCCAACUCUUGUUCCUCCUUGUGACAUUGAUUUGUAUACCAGACUGGUUUAUACAGAUACUGAGCCCAUCACUUCUAACUUCUGGAAGACAUGCAUUGUCCUCCCUUUUAGAUCAAGCAUGUUAGAAGAUUCUGCUAUAAAUAACAUUGCAUCGAUGUUUUCAGAUCUUCACCCAUCUUUGCUUCUUUUUCUUCACCGCCUUCAAUGUAUCAAGUUCCGAGACAUGCUCAGUAAUUCAUUUAUUGUUAUGAGGAAAGAAGUAAUCGGCGAUGGGAUUGUUAGAGUUUCCUGUGGUAAGGAGAAAAUGGAUUGGCUUGUGGUAUCCCAUGAAUUACAGGCUGAUGUAAUUCGUUCUGAUGUGCAAACAACAGAAAUAUCCAUGGCUUUUACAUUGCAGGAGACAGUUGAUGGAAACUACAACCCUUACCUGAACCAACAGCCUGUUUUUGCUUUUCUUCCUCUGAGAAAAUAUGGCCUGAAGUUUAUUAUUCAGGGUGACUUUGUUUUGCCUUCCUCCAGGGAAGAAGUUGAUGGAGAUAGCCCUUGGAAUCAGUGGCUACUUUCUGAAUUUCCUGACCUGUUUAUUAAUGCAGAAAAAUCAUUUUGCAAUCUUCCAUGCUUUAGAAAUAAUUUAGCAAAGGGUGUUGCAGCAUAUAUGAGUUUUGUUCCCCUUAUAGGGGAAGUGCAUGGAUUUUUCUCUAGUCUUCCUCAGAUGAUUCUUUCUAAAUUGCGGAUGUCCAACUGCUUGAUUCUAGAGGGUGAGGAGAAUGAGUGGGUUCCUCCUUGCAAAGUUCUGAGAAAUUGGACUGAACAGGCUCGCACUCUUUUGCCUGAUAGCUUGCUUCGUGAGCAUCUUGGCCUUGGUUAUUUGCAUAAAGAUAUAGUUUUAUCUGAUUCAUUAGCAAGGGGUCUGGGCAUUGAAGAAUAUGGACCCAAAGUUCUUAUCCAGAUUUUAUCUUCCUUGUGCUGUAUGGAGGAUGGCUUGAAAUCCAUGGGCUUGCCUUGGCUAUCAGCAUGGCUAAAUUCCAUCUAUAUGAUGUCAUCCUCAAUCUCUAGGCAAAGUUCACCUGAAUCUGGGAUAGGAUCAGAUCUCAUAAAGACCCUGAGAAAAAUUCGAUUUAUUCCUCUUUCAGAUGGCAAAUUUAGCUCAAUUGAUGAAGGUCCUAUUUGGUUGCACGCUGAUGCAUUGAGCACUGGCGUUAGUGACAAGUAUGGACUAGACAAUUUCCCAAGGUUGUAUGCUGGACUUAGAGUUGUGAAUUCUGCCCUAUUUUCUGCAGAUACAGCUUAUGAAACAUUGUGCUUUCAAGGAUAUACUGUAGAAAACAUAUCAAGGAUGCUGUAUAGAGUUGGUGUCCAGCAGUUAUCUGCACAUGAAAUAAUAAAGAUGCACAUUCUACCUUCUUUUUCUGAUGGUCAACACACCUUAGCACAUAAUGAACUAAUGACUGAUUAUCUUUCUUUCUUGAUGUUCCACCUACAAUCAAACUGCCCCAUCUGUCAUCUGGAAAGAGAUCUUAUCAUUGGUGAAUUACGUAACAAAGCUCUCAUUUUAACAAAUCAUGGUUACAAGCGAUGUGCAGAGGUUCCAAUCCAUUUUAGCAAAGAAUAUGAGAAUCCUAUUGAUAUGACGCAGUUAGUAAUGGGAAUUAGUGUGGAGUGGCUUGAAGUACAUAAUAUCUAUCUAAAGCAUCCAAUUACACAAUUGCUGCCAGGAGGAAUUUCAAAGUGGAGAAACUUCUUCAUGGAAUUGGGAAUCACUGAUUUUGUUCAAAUUGUUCAGGUUGAGAAAAGCAUUGCUGAUCUAUCUCCCAUAGUUCUACAGAAUAUAACAUGGGAUAAGGACUUAAUUUCUGGAGGAUCAAAUGUCAAAGAUUGGGAAUCUAUAGAAUUGGUUCAUUUGCUAUCACAACUGUCUGCUAAUCAUGAUAAAGAGAAAUCAAAGCAUAUUUUGGAGAUCCUUGAUUCAUUAUGGGAUGAUUGUUUCAGUGAUAAAGUCAAAGGUUUCUUUUUUAGUUCCAAUGGAGAAAAGAAAGUCUUUGAGUCAUCAUUUGCCACCAGUCUCUGUAAUGCACGGUGGAUUGCCUCGAGCAUGGAUGAUGAGCUCCACCACCCCAAAGACUUGUUCUAUGAUUGUGAAGCAGUGCAUUCAAUUUUGGGUGCCUUUGCACCUUAUGCUGUUCCAAAGGUGAGGAGCAAGAAGUUGGUGAGUGCCAUUGGUUUGAAAACUCAAGUUACAGUUGAUGAUGCUUUGUCUAUUCUUAAGGUUUGGACAAGAUCUGAAUCAUCUUUUACGGCCAGGUUGUCACAAAUGUCUAAAUUCUACACAUUCAUAUGGAAUCAAAUAGCUACUUCUGAGCUACAAGUCGCGAAUGAUUUAUGUGAUGAUCCUUUCAUAUUUGUCCCACACAUAUCUGAUUCUUCGCCUGAGGAUACUGUAUCUGGUGUAUUUUUAUCACGUAAAGAAGUCUAUUGGCACGAUUCAACGAGUUUUACUGACCAAAUGAAAAUGGUCCGUCCUGAACGUGUCACGGGGUUGACUCAAUGCCCUGUUGCUAAAAUGUUAUGUGGUGUGUAUCCUAGCCUCCAUGAUUUUUUUGUGAAUGUGUGUGGAGUGGAUGAGUUCCCUUCUUUCCAUGGCUACCUUCAGAUUUUGAUGCAGUUGUCAGCUGUUGCUUUACCUUCAGAGGCAGCCAAGACUGUUUUCCAGGUAUUUCUGAAGUGGUCUGAAGAAUUGAAAUCAGGUUUGCUUAGCUCUGAGGAUAUCAAAUGCUUGAAAGAUAAUCUUUUGCAGAAGGACUUUAUGGUGCUUCCUACAGUACAGGAUAAAUGGGUAUCUUUGAAUCCUUCUUUUGGCAUCAUCUGUUGGUGUGAUGAUGAUAGGUUAAAGAAAGAAUUCAAGCAUUAUGAAAACAUUGAUUUUUUAUACUUUGGAGAACUUGUUAGCGAGGAAAAGGAGUUGCUUCACUCAAAGGUCUCAACUCUCAUGCAAAAGCUAGGCAUCCCUCCAAUUUCUGAGGUUGUAAUUCGUGACGCAAUAUAUUAUGGUGUGUCUGACCCUAGCUUUGUUGCUUCACUGGUCAACUGGGCUCUUCCAUAUGCUCAGCGCUAUAUAUACACCAAUCAUCCCAAAAGAUUUUCUCAGCUCAAGCAAUCUGGAUUUGAGAACCUGAGAUGUCUAAAGAUUGUUGUUGUAGAAAAGUUAUUCUACAGAAAUGUGAUUAAAGGAUAUGAAAUGCGAUCCAAGAUAAGGUUCGAGUGCAGCUCUCUUCUAAAGGACACUGUAUUGUAUGUUUCUCGAGAAUUAGAUUCACACUCUUUAUUUAUGGAACUUUCUCGCUUUAUUGGUGGUGGAACCCCUGAUCUCAACUUGGCCAAUUUUCUUCACAUGAUCACAACCAUGGCAGAAUCAGGUUCAACUGAGGAGCAGACUGAAUUCUUCAUUAUAAAUAGCCAGAAAAUGCGGAAACUCCCUGAAGGAGAACCUGUUUGGUCCCUUUCAGAUAGCGCGUUUUCAAUGGAAAAUGAGGCAGUGGUGACUAGCUUUGAAUCCAGAGCAACUAAUGCACCAAAUCCAGCCAAGUUCAAGAAGAAACCAGGGAUAAAUUCUAAUUGGCCACCUGCAGACUGGAAAACUGCAUCUGGUUUUUAUUCUUCCCGUGCAUUUAAAUUAAAAACACAAGCAGGCAGUGGUGACCAAGUUUUAAGGGAGGAUGAGGUGGCAGAAAUUAUGAGGCAUCCAGAAAAACAUCCUCUUGCCCCAGUUGAGAUCAAUUAUAAAGGAUUCAUUGAAGAAAAUUCAACAUCAAGUUUACCUGGGGCGGCGGGUGCACAAGAUGCUGGAAUUUCAGAAGAUGGAGGUCAGCUAUCUCUCAGCCCAGCCGAUGCUCAACAGGCACUUUUAAUAGGUAGACUAGGAGAAUUUGUUGCUUUCAAAUACUUGAGCGGAAAAGUUGGUAAAGCAUUUGUGAAGUGGGUGAACGAAACUUUUGAGACUGGGCUGCCUUAUGACCUUGUAGUGGGAGAUGAGGAAUACAUAGAAGUGAAGGCAACCAAAAAUGUCAGAAAGGAUUGGUUGAAAAUAUCCGCAGGGGAGUGGCAAUUUGCCGUUGAAAAGGGUGAACUUUACAGCAUUGCACAUGUCAUAUUAUCAGCUACUAAUACAGCUACAGUCACAGUAUACAAAAAUCCUGCCAAACUCGUCCAGCUUGGUAAGCUGCAGUUAGCCAUUACAAUCAAUUAACUUUUAUUCUUCGAUAUUGCCCAGAAUGCUGAAAUUCUGAGGAUCCUUCACUAAACGAGUGAGAUCCGAAGAAAACAAACUCUAUUUACUAGACAGGUGAUGGGGAUAUGAGCAGUGUUAGAUUUUUUGAUAUAGGAUACUGAGCUUGAUUCAUUGCGGUGACUUUUCAUUUGGAGAUGUAUCAUUUGGUAAAUCUGUUCAAGUAUAUAAAGAUCCCUGGCUGCCUGAUACUAUAUGCCCUAUGGUGCAAUCUGAGGCUCAAACAGGAAUUACGGGACUUUUUUUAUGGGGCAUACUGAUGAGAAAUGUUGUGAGUUGAUAAUGGUGUGCUGGAGCCUACAAAGUCUGGAGUCAAAAGAGCUCAUCACCGUAUGGUAACCUGCGAGAGGCCAAUUUUUCUUUUACAUGGCUGGGGGACAGCCACAAUAAAAUUACCUUCUGGGGAGGUCCGUUUGAUAUCCAAAAACUGCUCAGCAACAGUCGCCGGCUCAUUCUUCAACAGGCACGCGGUCAAAGCCAAGGCUCCUCCCACUGUUUGGGAGCUUACGGUUUCAUGUUCUAUUUCACUCCCCGCUUUCAGUAACGUGCACAACAAUCGGAAUUUGACCUCCUGGGGAUUAAAGAAAAGAGGGGGUCAAUAAUCAAUAAAAAAAAAAAAAAGAGCUGUUAAUUAAUCCAUUCGAUUUCUAAAAAGGAUUACUAAUCCUGAACUUUUCGAAGAAUCCUUCAUCAGUGGUUGUGAAUGACUGAUUUUGGAUAUGCUAUUUUGGAGUCAAUCUAGUAGGAAUAGGUCUCCAUAGUUAUGGUUCAUUUCCAUCAACAUCCAGUUGAAUUCAAAAAACGCUAGGCGAAUAGAGAUCAAAGGAAGAAUAGAGAUAAUAAUGCCUUGGUGGCUGAAUGGGAAAAACCUCAUGAUGGUUGGCUUAAGUUGAAUGUCGAUGCGGCAAUUGACACGACAGGUAGAAAGAUGGGCUUUGGAUGUGUUUUGCGCGACCAAAAUGGCGGCUUUGUUAUGGCGAAGAAAGUUCCAUGGAAAGGAGCAUUCAAUCCAAAGGUGGCAGAAGCUAUAAGCAUUAGGGAAGCUUUGUCAUGGAUGAAGAAUUCUGGUCUGGACAACAUACAAGUUGAAACGGACGCCAAGAGGUGCUGAAUGGUCUCAAAACGAAUCCCUCUUUCGAUUUGAUACUUAUGGAUGUAUUAGAAAAACAGUUUACAACCAUUUGCUUUUUACAUGUUAAACGAUUUGUGAAUAUGGUGGCUCAUUUACUAACUAAGAGUGUCAUAUCUAAUAAAGAUUGUAUGGAGUGGUUCACCAGUCGUUA